AUGACUGAAACCACAGAAGUGCCAACCAGCUCUCCUACUGACCUUCUUGCUGCUGGCCGCCGUGAUCUGGCUGUUCGGGAGUACACUUCUGCAGUUGAAAGUCUGGCAAAGGCUUGUGAAUUACUGGCUAAGGAACAUGGUGACUCUGCAGAUGAAUGUGCUGAGGCUUAUUUAUGGUAUGGUAAAGCUCUCCUUGGAUUAUCAAGGGAAGAAAGUGGUGUCCUUGGGGAUGGAAUGCCAGGAACAAAGAAUGGUGAUGAGGAAGGUGACAGUGAAGAACAAGAGGAAAAUGCUGAUGAAGUACCAGAAAAAGAUGAAAAAGGUCAAGGGGAUGAGGUUGAAGCAAUGGAUUCGGAGCAAGCAGUUCAAUCAACGAGUCAAGAGGAAGCUUCUUCUUCAAAGGAAACGGAACAACCUGGUACAUCAAAUGGUGAUUUAAAUGAUGAAUCAAUGGCAAAUUUGGGCAAUGAAGAUGAUGUAGAUAAUCUUCAGCUUGCUUGGGAAAUGUUAGAUCUCGCACGAAGCAUAUUGGAGCGCCGUGCGGAGUCAAACGCAGAGGGCGCUCGCUCUUUGUUAGCAGAUGUUCACCUCACAUUAGGAGAAGUUGCAUUGGAAAGUGAGACAUAUGACAAGGCCGUCAUUGAUAUGAUGAGCUGUUUGGAGAUUCAAAAGGAGCUGUACUCGAGUGACGAUCGACGCAUCGCAGAAACUCAUUAUCAAAUUGGUCUGGCCAAUUCUCUGGCCUCGAACUUUGAGGAGGCAAUAACGCACUUCAAAAAUGCAGCGAACAUUCUAGAAUCUCGUAUUAAGUCACUAGAGGGUCCUGAACCCACGGACGCAGCUCAAGCCGAGAUCAAAGAGCUGAAGGAACUAUUGCCCGAGAUACAAGACAAGAUUCAAGACAUGAUGGAGUAUAAGGCAGAGACUAUUAGAAGGGUGCGAGAAGCCCUGUUCCCAUCGAAUGGUGCAACAUCAUCACAGAGCAACGGGGCCAGCUCGUCAUCAGAUGCCAAGAAACCGGCCGCGUCAGACAUUUCCCACCUAAUCAAGAGGAAACGUAAACCUAGCGAAAGUGAGGAACCAGCAUCGAAGAAAAAGAAUACGUAA